UGAACAUCUCUAGUCCCCAAUUAAAUGACUUGGAAGUCAUGAAGUUGUGUGUGCAUAUAUUGUGAUAAGAUAUAUUUUAUCAAAAAUAAUAAAUAAGAUUGCAAAGUGAACUAUACUAUUAAAACUUAUAUAAAUAUUUUUAGCCACAAUUUUUGUAUUGUUCUAAUAAAAAAUUUUAAUAUGAGAAAUAAAAAGAGCACAAUAAAGAUGACAGAAAUGAACGAAGAAACAAUGGAUUUAGAAGAUGUAAAUAUAGAUGAAGUCAUAAAUUCUGAAGAAGAAUACUCAGAAAAUGAACGUGAAUUACUUAGAAAAGUACGAGAUAGACAGUCUUCGGAAAGUUACGAUAGUGAUUAUGAAGUAUAUGGAUUACAUAACGCAAAUGAACAGAACCAAGAUGAUACAGAAAAUGAAGUCCAGACAGAUUCCAUGGAAUCUGAUAUUGAAGGAUUACAAGAAGAUUCCAAUUUACCAAAUGAAAAAGCUUGGGGAAAAAAGAAGAAAGCUUAUUACUCUACUGAUUUUGUGGAUCCUGAUUAUACUAAUAUCAGCCAAAAAGAUUUAGCUCAAGCAGAAAUGGAAGAAGAAGAAGCUAGAAAUAUUCAGAAGAGAUUGGCGGAGCAAUUGGAUGACAUUGAUUUUGGACUUGAUUUUAUACAAACAAAAAAUGAUGAUCAAAAGGCAUAUGAGAGUGCAGAACAAUUUAUAAAAACAGAUCUCAGUAAACUUAGCAAAAGACAAAAGCAAAUAAUGAUGCAGAAGGAAAGUCCUGAAUUUACAGUUCUUGUAAAUGAUUUUAAAGAUCACAUGGCAGAAGCAAGAGAUUCAUUGGCACCAUUUCUAAAGUUAAUUAAAGAUGGUAUUCUCCCUAAUUGCCCCACAGUUUCUUUCAUAAAGACAAAGUACCAUCUUUUAUUAAAUUAUUGUAUCAAUAUCUCUUUCUAUUUAAUGCUGAAGGCAAAAAGAUUGCCUGUUAAUUCUCAUCCAAUUAUAAAACGUCUAGCACAAUAUCGUCAGUUAUUAAAUCAAUUGGAAUCUGCACAAGGGAAUUUAAUACAAGAAAUACAGGAAAUGUUAACAGCAGAAAGAGAAGGGAAAGUAUUGUACAAUAUAUUAAACGGCAAUAAAAUAAACAUCAAUGAACAAAAGACAUAUCGUUUCAAAGAAAAAGCAAAUUGUGUAAAAAGAUCUACAAAUGAAAUCAUAAAUGCGGAUUCUUUAGAAUCUGAAUUGAAAACAGAAAAUGUAAAUGAAGAAAAGUUUUUGUAUAAUAGUAAAGAGAAGAUGGAAAGUACCGACAUGCCAGACCUUGUAGUUGAAGAUCAAGGAAAAAGAGCAAUUACAUAUCAAAUAGCAAAAAAUAAAGGUUUAACGCCAUAUCGUAAAAAAGAACAACGCAACCCCAGAGUAAAACAUAGAAAUAAAUAUCGUAAAGCUAAAAUUCGUAGGAAAGGAGCGAUAAGAGAAGUAAGAAAAGAAGUUACUCGUUACGCUGGAGAGAUAUCGGGUAUUAAAGCUAGUGUAAAGAAAAGUAUCAAAUUGAAAUAAAAGAUUGGGCUAUAUUAAAAUUGUACUUUGUUUCAAAACUCGUAGAAUUGCCUUUUUAUUUCCUAUUAAAAUAUAUAUUUAUAUUUAUGUGUAUAAAAUAUGAAUACAAACUUUUGCUUAUUACAUAUCAA